GAUUAGUUUACUAACUUGGAACGGGCAGUCAAAGGCAGAAAGAAUGGCUGCAUUAUUAAAUCCUCUGAAUAUUCAGCUGAUCCAUUGACAAAACAGAGUGUUUUAUUGAGGUGUAAAAGACAGUCCUUGUACUUUUGUUUAUUAUGUGAAAAUUAUAAUCUGUAAUAGUGCUGCUGAUUGAUGAUGCCUAUUUGUUUGUAAAGUAUUGUUUUUCUUUUUGCUUUCUUGAUAGUUACACUAGGUCUAUGGAAAGAGAAAACCACACACAAAUUUCAGAAUUUAUUCUUCUUGGACUCUCAGAACAGGAGGAAAUGCAAUCUCUUCUUCUUGGGCUCUUCCUGUCGUUGUACUUGCUCAGCUUUAUUGGGAACCUUCUCAUCAUCUUGGCCACCAUCACUGGCUCCCAUCUCCACACUCCCAUGUACUUUUUUCUUGCCAACCUGUCUUUUGUAGACAUAUGUUUCACUUCUACCACUGUCCCAAAGAUGCUACUGAACAUCCAUACCUAUAACAAAGCCAUCACCUAUCAAGGCUGCCUUGCCCAAAUAUAUUUUUUCAUCCUUUUUAUACAGUUGGAUGUUUUUUUCCUUUCUAUAAUGGCUUAUGACCGGUUUGUGGCCAUCUGUCACCCACUGCACUACAUGGUCAUCAUGAAUCCCAGACUCUGUGGCUUGUUGCUGCUUUUUUCCUGGAUAUUGAGUGUUCUGGAUUCUCUGCUACGUAGUUUACUGGUGUUGAGAUUGUCCUUCUGUACUAACUUGGAAAUUCCCCACUUCUUCUGUGAAAUCAAUCAGGUUAUCCAACUUGCCUGUUCUGACAACCUCCUCAAUAUCAUAGAGAUGUAUUUUGCAACUGGGGUAAUGGGCAUUAUUCCCCUCACUGGCAUCUUAUUUUCUUAUUCUCGGAUUGCCUUUUCCAUACUGAGAAUAACAUCAGCAAGGGGGAAAUAUAAGGCAUUUUCCACUUGUGGAUCUCAUCUUUCAGUUGUUUCCUUGUUUUAUGGUACAGGUCUUGGGGUCUACCUCAGUUCUACCACUAUUCAAAAUUCCAGGGCCAGUGCAAUAGCCUCAGUGAUGUACACCAUAGUCACACCCAUGUUGAAUCCCUUUAUUUACAGCCUGAGGAACAAGGACAUAAAACAGGCACUGAAAAGCCUUGUUGGGAUUGUCACUUUAAACAAGUGACAAAAAUGUUUGCCAUUGGGCUGGGCAAGAAUAUAUGAGUAUCUUAGGACCUAACUGGCAUUCAGAAAUUCUGAUUUUUUGUUGUUGUUGUUGUUGUUCACGUGUCUCUCAUUCUCCAGACAUUUCUGGCAUUUUAUGUUUUUACUUGUCUGAAAGUAAUUUCCAACUUUGGGACAGAACUAAUUUGAAAGUAUCCACUCAUUUAAAGUAGUAAU